CCGCGAGUCGACUCCGCAGCCCGAUCCCGGGGCGGGGAGACAGGGACGCGGCUACCUCGGGACACAGAAGCUCUGCGGCCGCUCGGCCGGGAAGCACUGAGGCCGCGGCCCGCCCCGCCCGGCUCCCGCCGCCGCCGCUGCUGCCCGGACCAGAAGAUGCCCCCCACGAUCUCCCCGCCCCUGCUGCUGCCGCUGCUGCUGCUGCUGCCGGCCCUGGAGCCCAGGGUGCAAGGCUGCCCUUCGGGCUGUCAGUGCAACCAGCCGCAGACGGUCUUCUGCACGGCCCGCCAGGGAACCACUGUGCCUCUCGACGUGCCGCCCGACACGGUGGGCCUGUACAUCUUCGAGAACGGCAUCACCACGCUCGACACGGGCAGUUUUGCCGGCCUGCUGGGCCUGCAGCUCCUGGACCUGUCGCAGAACCAGAUCACCAGUCUGCCUGGCGGGGUCUUCCAGCCACUGGCCAACCUCAGCAACCUGGACCUGACAGCCAACAGGCUUCGGGAAAUCACCAACGAGACCUUCCGCGGCCUGCGGCGCCUGGAGCGCCUCUACCUAGGCAAGAACCGCAUCCGCCACAUCCAGCCUGGCGCGUUCGAUGCACUCGAACACCUCCUGGAGCUCAAGCUGCAGGACAACGAGCUGCGGGCGCUGCCCCCCCUUCGCCUGCCCCGCCUGCUGCUGCUCGACCUCAGCCACAACAGCCUCCCGGCCCUGGAGCCCGGAGUCCUGGACACCGCCAAUGUGGAGGCACUGCGGCUGGCCGGCCUGGGGCUGCAGCAGCUGGACGAGGGGCUCUUGGGCCGCCUGCGCAACCUCCAUGACCUGGACGUGGCCGACAACCAGCUGGAGCGCGUGCCACCUGCCAUCUGGGGACUGCGGGGGCUGACGCGCCUGCGGCUGGCCGGCAACACCCGCAUCGCCCAGCUGCGGCCUGAGGACCUGGCCGGCCUGGCGGCCCUGCAGGAGCUAGACCUGAGCAACCUGAGCCUGCAGGUCCUGCCACACGAGCUCUCCAUCCUCUUUCCCCGCCUGCGACUCCUGGCGGCCGCCCGCAACCCCUUCAACUGCGUGUGCCCCCUGAGCUGGUUUGGCCCCUGGGUGCGGGAGAGUCGCGUGGCGCUGACCAGCCCCGAGGAGACGCGCUGCCACUUCCCGCCCAAGAACGCAGGCCGGCUGCUGCUGGACCUUGACUAUGCCGACUUUGGCUGCCCGGCCACCACCACCACAGCCACGGUACCUGCCACGAGGCCCACGGUGGGGGAGCCCACGUUCCCACCUUCUAGCCCGGCUCCCACCUGGCUCAGCCCCACAGAGCCUGCCACCGUGGCCCACAGCCUGCCACCCCCUGCCCCUCCCACGGAGGGGCCUGCCCCCCAGCCGCAGGACUGCCCGGCAUCCAUCUGCCUCAACGGGGGCACCUGCCACCUGGAGGCACGGGGUCACCUGGAGUGCCUGUGCCCUGAGGGCUUCACGGGUCUGUAUUGUGAGAGCCGGGUGAGGCAGGGACCAAGGCCCAGCCCCGCCCCUGCCACGCUGCAGCCACCCCGGCCCCUGCCCCUCAGCAUUGAGCCCGUGAGCCCCACCUCCCUGCGGGUGGGGCUGCAGCGUUACCUGCAGGGCAGCCCCGUGCAGCUCAGGAGCCUCCGCCUCACCUACCGCAACCUGUCGGGUCCCGACAAACGGCCAGUGACGCUGCGGCUGCCUGCCUCACUCGCGGAGUACACGGUCACCCAGCUGCGGCCCAACGCCACCUACUCCAUCUGCGUCAGGCCCCUGGGGGCCGGGAGGAUGCCCGAGGGCGAGGAGGCCUGCGGGGAGGCCCACACACCCCCGGCCGUCCGCUCCAACCAUGCCCCGGUCACCCAGGCCCGCGAGGGCAACCUGCCGCUCCUCAUCGCGCCCGCCCUGGCCGCCGUGCUCCUGGCCGUGCUGGCCGCCGUGGGGGCGGCCUUCUGUGUGCGCCGGGGGCGGGCUGCGGCGGCUGUGGCUCAGGGCAAAGGGCAGGUGGGCCCCGGGGCUGGGCCCCUGGAGCUGGAGGGGGUGAAGGCCCCCCUGGAGCCAGGCCCCAAGGGGACUGAGGGCGGUGGGGAGGCCCCGCCUGGCGGGCCUGAGUGUGAGGUGCCGCUCAUGGGCUACUCGGGGCCCGGCCCCCAGGGACCCCUCCCCACUAAGCCCUACAUCUAGGCCUGGGAGCGACGGACCACCAAGGGCCCUCUGCUGCCAGAUCAAGGAAGUUCUCAGAUCCCUACGAGGAGGACAUGCCAGGACUGGGGUUAUGUGACCUUAGCAAGUCCCUGCCCCUCUCCAGACCUCGGGCUCCUCAUCUGUAAGAUGCUGGGACCCCGGUGAGACCUCUAAGGUCCCCCUCAGGCCAAGGGCCUGGAGCAUGGCUCGGCUCCAUCCUCUGCAACAUGCCAGCCUAGGGUGGGGCAGGCCUGCCGUGUGCUGGUAACACAGGCCCGAGGCUGCUAAGCCCCGACCCCGAGGAGACUCUGGGCGCCAGUGAAGGAAGCCCCCAGAGAAGAGAGCAGAGGGAGUAGCGGGACCGGGGACAGGGCGUGUGGCCCUGGCUUGGCCCCAGGGAGCGAAGGAACAAAAGAAACUGGAAAGAAAGAUGAUUUAGGAACAACUUUUGCUUUUGUUUUUUAAAAUAUAUUUAUAAAAGAUCCUUUCCCAUUUAUUCUGGGAAAAUGUUUUUCAAACUCAGAGACAAGGACUUCGGUUUUUGUAAGACAAACGAUGACAUGAAGGUCUUUUUUUAAGAAAAAUAAAAGAUGAAAGAAA